AUUAGUGUAACUAAUUACCCGCCAAUUGCGUUUCCUUCUCAGCCUAUCAACUUUCUCGCGGCCAUUUUCCCUCUCUCCAAACACUCCUUAAUUUUCGUUAGCUGCAAAAUCACUUCACUCUCCUGUUUUAUUUUCUUUAAAAAUUUACACGAACAAUCAUCUGAAUUAUCGUAGAUCAUGUCUUUCUGAUCAGAAUGAGAAUAGAGGAAGAGAACAAUGGAGUAUCAGCUUCCAGGAAGCACUUGGUCUUCGCUUACUAUGUCACCGGCCAUGGCUUUGGUCAUGCCACUCGCGUUGUUGAGGUUGUGAGGAACUUAAUUUUAGCUGGGCAUGAUGUGCACGUGGUCAGCGGUGCACCCGAGUUUGUGUUCACUUCGGAAGUACAGUCUCCCAGACUCUUCAUCCGCAAAGUGUUGUUGGACUGUGGAGCAGUUCAGGCUGAUGCAUUGACAGUUGAUCGCCUUGCUUCGUUAGAAAAGUAUUCAGAAACAGCUGUAAAGCCUCGAGAGUCUAUUUUGGCAACAGAAACAGAGUGGCUUAACUCCAUCAAAGCCGACUUAGUGGUCUCAGAUGUAGUUCCGGUUGCCUGCCGUGCAGCAGCUGAUGCUGGAAUUCGAUCUGUCUGUGUCACCAACUUUAGUUGGGACUUUAUCUAUGCAGAGUAUGUGAUGGCUGCGGGAGACAAUCAUCGUUCUAUAGUUUGGCAGAUUGCAGAAGAUUACUCUCAUUGUGAAUUCUUAAUCCGCCUCCCAGGAUAUUGCCCAAUGCCUGCUUUCCGUGAUGUUAUUGAUGUACCGCUUGUUGUGAGGAGGUUGCACAAGUCUCGCAAGGAGGUAAGAAAGGAACUCGGUAUCAAUGAUGAUGUGAAGCUGGUUAUCCUUAAUUUUGGUGGACAGCCAGCUGGGUGGAAGUUAAAGGAAGAGUACCUACCUUCUGGUUGGCUAUGCCUGGUUUGUGGUGCUUCUGAGAGCCAAGAGCUUCCACCAAAUUUCAUAAAGCUUGCAAAAGAUGCUUAUACACCUGAUCUUAUUGCUGCAUCAGAUUGUAUGCUCGGAAAAAUUGGGUAUGGUACAGUCAGUGAAGCUUUGGCAUAUAAGUUACCAUUUGUCUUUGUACGCAGAGAUUAUUUCAAUGAAGAACCAUUUUUGAGAAAUAUGCUUGAGUUUUAUCAAAGUGGCGUCGAGAUGAUAAGGAGAGAUCUACUAAUAGGUCAUUGGAAACCUUACCUUGAACGUGCAAUUAGCUUGAGACCUUGCUAUGAGGAAGGCAGUAACGGUGGCGAGGUGGCAGCACACAUUUUACAAGAGACAGCUAUUGGUAAAAACUAUGCUUCAAAUAAGUUAAGUGGGGCAAGGCGAUUGCGUGAUGCUAUCAUUCUUGGAUAUCAAUUACAAAGGGUUCCGGGACGAGAUAUAAGCAUUCCAGAAUGGUAUGCAAAUGCUGAAAAUGAACUAAACAAGUCUAUUGGAUCAGCAGUUACCCAAAGAUAUGAGAAUGGACCACAAGCGAUCGAAUGCACGGAUGAUUUUGACAUUCUUCAUGGAGAUCUUCAAGGUCUUUCGGAUACAAUGAGUUUCUUAAAGAGUUUAGCAGAGCUAGAUUCUGUUUAUGAAUCUGAAAAGAAUGCUGAAAAGCGCCAGAUGCGAGAGCGGAAGGCUGCUGCAGGACUUUUUAAUUGGGAGGAAGAUAUUUUUGUAGCAAGAGCACCUGGACGACUCGAUGUAAUGGGAGGAAUUGCUGACUAUUCAGGAAGUCUCGUCUUGCAGAUGCCUAUACGAGAAGCUUGCCAUGCUGCUGUCCAAAGGAAUUAUCCAAGUAAACACAGGCUCUGGAAGCAUGCCCAGGCACGACAAAGUGAAAAGGGACUAAAACCUACUCCUGUUCUGCAAAUUGUAUCGUAUGGAUCAGAGUUGAGCAAUCGUGGCCCAACUUUUGACAUGGAUCUUGCUGAUUUUAUGGAUGGGGACAAACCAAUGUCAUAUGAGAAAGCUAGGAAAUAUUUUGCCCAAGACCCGUCACAAAAGUGGGCUGCUUAUGUUGCAGGGACCAUUCUGGUUUUGAUGAUAGAAUUAGGUGUACGCUUUGAGGAUAGUAUCAGCAUGCUGGUUUCUUCAGCAGUUCCGGAAGGGAAAGGUGUAUCUUCUUCUGCCUCUGUCGAGGUUGCUAGCAUGUCUGCUAUAGCUGCAGCUCAUGGAUUGAACAUCGGUCCGCGAGACAUGGCUUUGCUCUGCCAGAAGGUGGAGAAUCACAUCGUUGGAGCUCCAUGUGGUGUAAUGGACCAGAUGACCUCAGUAUGUGGUGAAGCCAACAAACUUCUUGCAAUGCUUUGCCAGCCUGCUGAAGUAAUUGGUCUAGUAGAAAUCCCUACCCACAUUCGAUUUUGGGGAAUUGAUUCAGGAAUACGUCACAGUGUUGGUGGUGCCGACUAUGGAUCUGUGAGAAUUGGUGCCUUCAUGGGUCGAAGGAUGAUAAAGUCUACUGCAUCUGCUCUGUUGUCUAGGUCAUUGUCUGAUGUUGAUGGGUCGGUCAUUGAUGAAUUGGAAGAUGAUGGAACUGAAUUGUUCAAAUCAGAGGCUAUACUAGAUUAUUUGUGCAAUUUGCCCCCACACAGAUAUGAAGCUCUUUACUCUAAGAUACUUCCUGAAUCCAUUCUUGGUGAGGCAUUUUUGGAGAAGUAUGGUGAUCACAAUGAUCCUGUCACCAAAAUUGAUCCGAAUCGCACAUAUGGUGUGAGAGCACCUGCUAAACACCCUAUCUAUGAGAACUUCCGAGUCAUGGCCUUCAAAGCAUUGCUAUCUUCUGCAACUUCGCAUGAGCAACUUACGGCUCUUGGAGAAUUGUUGUAUCAGUGUCACUACAGCUAUGGUGAUUGUGGACUCGGGUCUGGCGGAACAGACAGGCUUGUGCGAUUAGUACAAGAGAUGCAACAUAGUAAUUCUUCCAAGUCUGAGGAUGGAACACUUUACGGAGCAAAAAUAACUGGCGGGGGUUCCGGUGGAACAGUAUGCGUCAUUGGUAGGAACUGUCUGCACAGCAGCCAACAAAUUCUUGAGGUUCAACAAAGGUACAAAGCUGCAACUGGAUAUUUGCCAUUUAUAUUUGAAGGUUCAUCUCCAGGGGCUGCAAAUUUUGGAUAUCUGAGAAUUCACCGCCGUCCGUCUUCUGCUGCUGUUUCCUCUCCUAUUUAAAGUAACCAGAGAUAUGUGUGGGGAAUUUUGAAUUCACCGAAUUCCGUCUCCCUCUGGUAUUUAAUGUAGUCAGACAAACGUGUAGGAAACAACUAAUAAAUAAGAAAGCGAAUAAAUUGCUGAAGCAAACAUUUGCAGCAUUGGUCGGGGCUGCAACUGUUAGUGUAUCAUUUCUACGCAAGUGCACAAACAAAGGAUUGGUUGCGUAGCGAAGUGGAUGAAUUGAUAAUGUAAUGCAUGCACAAAUCUGUAACUGCUUUUACAAUAAGGUAGACAAAUAUGAUCCGACUAGAAAGUAUCUUCAUCCUCGCU